UCCCCCGCGCCUCCUCCUAGCUCAGGUCCUAGGGGCUUCCGGGGGCCACCUGAUGGCGGAGCUAGGAGGGCGGAAUCCCGUGAUUGACACCUCUGUCCCCAGAGUUCACGAGCUAUCUCUGGACUCCUGCCCGGUCCUGAACGCUAAACCAACACCAUGCACGGGCGCCUGAAGGUGAAGACAUCAGAAGAACAGGCAGAGGCCAAAAGGCUAGAGCGGGAGCAGAAGCUGAGGCUCUACCAGUCAGCCACCCAAGCUGUCUUCCAGAAGCGCCAGGCUGGGGAGCUGGAUGAGUCAGUGCUGGAAUUGACAAGCCAGAUUCUGGGAGCCAACCCUGAUUUUGCCACCCUCUGGAACUGUCGACGGGAAGUGCUCCAGCAGCUGGAGGCCCAGAAGCCCCCUGAGGAGUUGGCUGCUCUGGUGAAGGCAGAACUGGGUUUCCUGGAGAGCUGCCUGCGUGUGAACCCUAAGUCCUAUGGCACCUGGCACCACCGCAGUUGGCUGCUAGGCCGCCUGCCUGAGCCCAACUGGGCCCAGGAGCUAGAGCUAUGUUCCCGCUUCCUGGAGGUUGAUGAGCGAAACUUUCACUGCUGGGACUAUCGACGGUUUGUGGCUGCACAGGCUUCUGUGGCCCCUGCAGAAGAACUGGCCUUCACUGACCGCCUCAUCACACGAAACUUCUCUAACUACUCCUCCUGGCAUUACCGCUCCUGCCUCUUGCCCCAGCUGCACCCCCAGCCAGACUCUGGCCCACAAGGACACCUCCCUGAAGAUGUCCUACUGAAAGAGCUGGAGCUGGUGCAGAAUGCCUUCUUCACUGACCCCAAUGACCAGAGUGCAUGGUUCUAUCACCGCUGGCUCCUGGGACGGGCUGACCCCCAGGAUGCUCUGCGCUGCCUGCAUGUGAGCCGGGAUGAGGCCUGUCUAUCUGUUUGCUUUUCUCGGCCCCUUAUAGUGGGCUCCAGGAUGGGAACCCUGCUACUCAUGGUUGAUGACUCACCCCUGAAUGUGGAGUGGAGGACCCCAGAUGGCAAAAACCGGCCCAGCCAUGUCUGGCUCUGUGACUUGCCCGCCACCUCCCUCAACGACCAGUUUCCCCAACAUACAUUUCGUGUCAUUUGGACAGCGAGUGAUGCCCAGAAGGAGUGCGUGCUUUUAAAAGGCCAUCAGGAGUGCUGGUGCCGGGACUCAGCCACCGACGAGCAGCUGUUCAGGUGUGAGCUGUCGGUGGAGAAGUCCACGGUGUUACAGUCUGAGCUUGAAUCCUGUAAAGAGCUACAGGAGCUGGAACCUGAGAAUAAAUGGUGCCUGCUGACCAUCAUCCUGUUGAUGAGGGCACUAGACCCCCUCCUCUAUGAGAAUGAGACACUGCAGUACUUCCAGACCCUCAAGGCAGUGGACCCAAUGCGAGCAGCCUACCUAGAUGACCUGCGCAGUAAGUUCCUGCUGGAGAACAGCGUGCUCAAGAUGGAGUAUGCUGAUGUGCGUGUGCUGCACCUGGCUCACAAGGAUCUGACAGUACUCUGCCAUUUGGAACAGCUGCUCUUGGUCACUCAUCUUGACCUGUCACACAAUCAUCUCCGAGCCUUGCCCCCUGCCCUGGCUGCUCUACGCUGCCUUCAGGUGCUCCAGGCCAAUGAUAAUGCCAUAGAGUCUCUGGAUGGUGUCGCUAACCUACCCCAGCUGCAGGAGCUGUUGCUUUGCAACAACCGCCUCCAGCAGCCUGCAGUGCUCCAGCCUCUUGCCUCUUGUCCUAGGCUGGUUCUUCUGCAUCUACAGGGCAACCCACUGUGCCAAGAAGAGGGCAUCUUGGAGGACCUGGUUGAACUGCUGCCUUCAGUUAGCAGCAUCCUGACCUAGAAGCCCCUACAUUCACCUUUGCCCUUUAACUUAUUGGGACUGAAUAAAGAAUGGAGAGGCCCCUUCAGGCUGCCAGACUUGCA